AGCUGUUCCAAUAUUGAUUUGAAUAACUAGAAUAAUAAAGGUUCGGUUAAGUGCGGCUCAUUUCCAUAUUAGAUUUUGAUUCAGCAAUCAAAAUGAACUCGUUGAUAGGACUAAUUUACUCGUUAACCUUUUUAUACAUUGUUUCUGGCGAUGCUCAAGUUUACAUGCCAUCGGUUGAAGAUGGUGGUGAUGAUGGACAAACUGGACAAUCUGAAGACCCAGUGAACACUCCGAUUAACCAAGAUGAUCAAGCUCCUGCAGCAACACAGCCAGCAGUUAUAACAACAUCUUUGGCUGAUUCAGGAGAUGGUGAAAUCCCGUUCACACAAAAACCUUUUAUUGUUAAAUUGAUUGACAAAUCAAACAAUAUUUACCACAAAGAGAGUAAAGAUCGUCGCUCAUUUAUCCUCAGCAACAUCGAAGCCUACAAAUUACCAGCGAACAAUUUGCUCAUUCGAUCCCGUUUUAUCGGUGCUGUUGACUGGAUUAUACACAAGCCCGAUUUUGAAAGAAAACAUUUACUAUUUACCAGACCGGGACCAGCUGUAAACCAUGGCAAGUCAGCUAAUCAUUUGAAAUUGUUACUUCGUAAUAAACGCCAAGCUGAUUCAUAUGGAAUGCCUAAUCCCGGGAAUGGUCAAGGUCCACCAAUGGGACCAGGUGAUCGACCAAUGGGAAACAAUUCGGUUGACGGAAUUAGACAUUUCUUUGGUCGUCUGAGAGAGAUUAUGAAUGAUAUAAGAAGAGCUUUCAGUGGUAAUCGAGUUGAUACUAAUAUGCAAGGAAUGGGUAACACGCCAGGAAUGGGUAAUACACCAGGAAUGGAGGAAAAUCUACCUAAUUUACCUAAAUAACUAGGAAUGUUAUUUACAAUUGAAUUUCUCUCUGUACUUCCAUUUAUAUUGGAUACAUAAUGUAACUCCGUGAAUGUCAUUUUUCAAUAGUAAAAAUUGACUUUAGGAAAUAACAAAAUAAACUGAUGAUUUAACCAUUU